AUGGACGUGAGCUGCAUAAUACUCGGUUGCUUUUUACUUUUCCAAAUGGCCGUCAUACUAACAAUGCUCAAUCCAAUGUAUGAUAUACGAAAACUUCUCGUCUAUUUCAACAGAGCAAUGAAAUCCAGCAAAACGUACUACAGCUUAAUCGGCCUCUAUUUCGUCGUCAUCAUAUACUACGGUAUGUUUAUCCCGUUGCUGAACAUAUCAAAACUAAUAUCUAACAAGAUCCCGAACGAAUACGAAAAGUUGGUGCUAUUGAGCCGAAUCGAGAGAAACUAUUUAAUCGCCGGGUUCUCUCUUUUCCUGUUUAUCGUUCUGUACGGAGUCCGAGCAUUAGUUUCCUACGCCGCAAGCCUGCUUCAUAUAUCGAUGGUCACAAGCGAAACAUUCAUUUCACGAAAGAAGGGGUAUCCCUCAGAAAAUAUCUUGCCCAAUUUGUUGCGAGUCAAAAGGUCAGUGUCUUAUGAAACUAUUUUGUUUGCAAACGAAGAGUUGAAGAUGAUACUGAAAAGAAUUGACUUCCCACACAACAGCGCUCCGUCUAUCCUAGAAUAA